GCGGCUCGCGCGGCGAGUGGGACAAGGGCCUGCUCGUUCCCCGUCGCCCUUCCACGCUCCUCAUUCCCUCUGCCUCCACGGGGUCGCGACUUGUACCCCCUUCCUCCCACCCUCGGUGGCGUCGAUCCGUGUCAACUCCGCGUUCGUAAAUGUGAAAAGAGAGGAGGACCCAAAGUUAAACUAGACGACUCUUUCUUCUCGUUCUUUCUUUCUUUCUUUUUCCCUAUUCUUCCUUUCGAGAAUUAGCCAGGGAAUUUAUAUUUCAUUUUGUCGGCCUUUAGAAUACCGGUCAGACUUGGUUUCCUUCGAGAGCGCGCCGCCGACGGGAUCUUGAUUUCGAUUUUUUCCUCCGAUCGGUCUUUGGAGAGGGGUUUUUAUAGGAUCUUGAUAGAAGUCGGCGGGGAAAAAGCGAGAAAGAUCGCCAGAGAGGGGGAGGAGGGAUGUCGAGAAUGAUGGUGGGGUGCUGAAAGAUUAUGGAAGUGGUUGCCCUUGGAGGUGGAGAUGACGCUUUACAUUGCUCGCGAGGCUUCCAAGCUAUGGAGGAAGGUUUUCAUGGAGACGUCUGUGGAACUUCAGCUUCUGCUGGAGAAAUGGAAGCUUCUGCUUGCAGGACUCGUUUUCCAGUAUAUUCAUGGAUUGGCUACUCGUGGAGUUCAUUAUUUACAUCAACCUGGACCAACUCUUCAAGAUCUUGGAUUCAUGAUCCUUCCGGAACUUGGGAAAGAAAGAGGUUACAUCAGUGAGAGUGUGUUUACUGUCAUCUUUUUGUCUUUUGUACUGUGGACAUUUCAUCCUUUCAUAUAUCACAGCAAACGCUUCUACACUGUUCUACUCUGGCGCAGAGUAUUGGCAUUUUUAGUUGCUUGCCAAGUUUUACGGAUCAUUACAUUUUUUUCCACUCAACUUCCUGGUCCUAAUUAUCACUGCCGUGAGGGUUCAGAGCUUGCUAGACUGCCCAGACCAGACAGUGUAGUUGAAGUGCUUCUCAUUAACUUCCCACGAGGAAUCGUUUAUGGUUGUGGGGAUUUGAUAUUUUCAUCACACAUGAUAUUUACACUGGUUUUUGUGCGUACAUACCAGAAGUAUGGCUCUAAAAGGUUUGUCAAGCUGCUUGCCUGGUUGCUGGCUAUCAUUCAGAGUCUACUCAUAAUAGCUUCACGCAAGCAUUACACAGUAGAUGUUGUUGUUGCAUGGUAUACUGUAAAUUUGGUGGUAUUCUUUGUUGACAAUAGACUACCAGAAAUGCCAGAUCGAACUGGUGGAUCCCCGCCAUUGCUGCCCUUGAGUGUCAAAGAAAAGGACAGCAGGGCCAAAGAAGAGAACCACAAGCUGUUAAAUGGGAAUUCAGGAGAGAAUGCAGAUUGGAGACAAAGACCGCAAGUAAAUGGGAAGCAUGCAGAAGAUGGGAACCAUGUCCAUUCUGAAGCAACUUUGAAUGGUACACGUAGAUGAUGUUGGAUGCCGUUGCUGUAACUGCUGUUUCUCGAGGGAAUCAGACAGGGAAGCUUCCUGAUGUCUCGUCAGGCUAAAGCUUUGUCCCGUGUAAUGGAUAGGCACAGCAUCAGUGCUCGCAAACUGUAACCUCACAGGAGCCAGAAUUUUGGCUUGGGCCUAUAACAGUUUUGCUUGUUUCGUGGUAAUUAUGCAUUCAUGUAUCCUUUAGUUUUGUUCAUUUAGAUUCCUUGGCUAAUGGUUAUAAAACAGUUAAAUGAACUUGUUCUUAUCUUGGCUCCGUUGGUGUA